GUUAAUAUAGAGCGCACUGUUUAAAAUUGUGCGCUAGAAUCGACCUAACGGUUCGAUUCCUAUAUCCGUCCGAGGUUCAGUGUAAGCCAUUGCCUUACCUCCUAUCUUUUUCAUUUCCAUUUCAGUAACAUUCGUGCGAAUUAUUUUCAGUGUAGAUUGUUGUGAACUACAGGACGUGAAUCAAUUCACCAAUUAGCGAAAUCAAAUGAUAUUCCAGUUAGACAAAAGGAAUAAUUAAGUAGUGGCUAAAUGAGCCAGAUUUUGGGCCAUUGUUAGUUAAAUGAUGGUUGAAUGGGAAAAUAUUGAUUAAAAAGUGGUUUAAAUGGGAAGGUGAUGGUUAAAUAAUAAGAAAAUACUGGUUAAAUUUUGUUAGGAUAUUGGGGGAAUUGUAACGGGACGUGGGUUCACUAAUGGUGAAAUAUCGGUUCAAUUUCCGUAAAAUAAUGGUCAAAAUCCGAAAAUUAUGUCGUAUUACCAAAGUAAACUUCCGCUCCUCUCGCACGUUAUCUCUCUCUCUCGCCUGACAUAAAUGGAGCAAAGAAUAAAAAAUGCAGUGAAACGAUUAGAUCAACUUGAUCAAAGGCUAGACGAUUAUAAACCAUUACUUGAACAAAAUGUUCUUAAUGCUGAAUUUGAAAUAAGAGCAAAUUUUAAAAAUUUAAUCGAAUUAUUAAGUAAACGACAAUCUCAUCUACUUAUCCAGUUACAUAAUAUUUCUAAAGAAAAAUCAUUACUCAUUGAAAGUAAUAAACAAAAAAUAGAAUCUCUGAAAUCACUCCUAUUACAAUCUUGUCUAUCAAGAAGUGAAUAUGAUGCUAAAAUUAAUGAGUAUCUACGUAAAGCUGAGUCAAUCAGUUUAACAACGGAUUUCACUCCAUUUAUCACCUUCUCCAGAGAAAAUGUACAAUUGCAUGAAUUUAUUUCAACAUUUGGCCGGCUGACUUGUCGAUAUUCUGGACAUUUUGCUGAUCCAAAUAAACCAUCAAUUUGUCUGCCUCGUGCAUUUGAAGAAGAAGAUGAUUGUUGUGGAGAGAAUAAUGAUACUAGAAUAGAUUAUUUAAAGCAUUAUUCUGCUGUAUUUAAUCGUGUUAAACAACAACAACAACCGGAACACCAACAGCCACCGUCGCAGCAGAACCAACAAUGCGCUUGUCAUGAUCCAGCAGUUAAACAAUGGUUAUCCUUGAUUGAACAUAAAUGCAAAUCAAAUCGUACUUAUGAUAUGAUGAGUGAUAUGUAUUCAGGAAAGGAUAAUAAUAAUAAUAACAAGAACAGUGGUAGCACAGUAAAUACUCCUUCUCUUCAGAGUAAUAAUUAUUCAUUGUGUGAUUCAAUAUUUUCAAGAAAAACAUCAUCACUGCAUAACUUUGAAGUGAAUCCAUCAUCAUCGGCAGCACAAUCAACUGUACAUGCUCCUUGUUAUCGUCCAGAUACUACUACUACAGGUGUACCUAAUUGGUUAAAAUUGUUGGAUAGACAACAAAUUGCUGAAAUUUUAUCUUAUCAUAAAGGAAUUCACGAAUGUAUGGAUGGACUGAAAUCACCGGAUGAUUACCUAGAUAAAUCUGCUUCUGAAAGUUUCGAUAUAUUGACAAAUUCAUCUCAAAAUAUGUCAAGUUUAAAAGAUUGGUUAUUCUGUGAUCCGGCUGAACUAAGAGAUAUGCCCGGACUAUCGACAAAUCAUACUCGUCAUAAUGAAGACUAUUAUCAUGCUUCUGUUGUACCAUCGUCUUCGUCAUUAGCGAAUAAUAAUCGUUCUUGGCUGAUACCAGACAAUAUGCCAUCAGCUGUAGUCAAUACAAAAAUGUCAACUUUAUCAAUCAAUAACCAUCAACCAGUUAGAGAACUUUUCCCUGAACAUCUUAUCAAACCUGGUCCAAUCGAUUUAUCACGUUGGUUAGUUAAGAAACAGUCAUCGUCGCCAGUGCCAGUGCCAGUGCCAUCAACUCUGGCAACAUCAGCUACAUUGAUGAAAUACGAAGUAGAAGAAGAACAAGAACAAGAAGACUCGAUGAAUACGCAAAUACUGAGUCAGUGUGAUAACAAUAAUGAUAUGCAGAUAAGUGAUACAGACAAGUGUUGUCGAAGUGUUGAACUUACCACAACUGGGCAAUUCUGUCCAAUGUAUGGAGUAUGUCAGGGGGGACCUGGUGGACCAACAUGUUGUGGUGGAGCUGGAGGUGGAUGUCCGUUAACUAACAAGACGUCAAUGAAUACAACAAUAUCUCAACAAGAAGAGAAUCAAACAGUGAGUCAAGAGGGUGUUACUGAAUCGUCGUCAUUGCCAGUGUCACAGCCUAUGCUAGUGUCGUCAACCACAGCGAUGGCUGCUCUUGCUACCGCUACCGCUACUAAUACACUUUUAAUUAUUGCAGAAUUACAACGUAUUGCCAAUACAGAUAUGAAACAAUGGAUUCGAAAUUCAUCGCCAUCAUCAUCACCGUCAUCAUCGUCGUCGCCAGAUACAGAUUGUGAUACAUGCAUGGAUUGUUCUCGUCAUGAUGAGCCACAGCAACAAAAUUCGUUGGCACCAAUGCCUCAAUCGAUCAAAUGUGAUAAUGAUGAUAUGCAAAUUGACAGUGAUGUGAUUGAUGACAAGUUGGAUGAUAAUGUGGCGGCAUCAGAUCGUUAUGGGCCUCUUCCGUCUACUACUGAAUCAAAUAAAGAAUCUUUCUCACCAUUGAAAUCAUCUAUGCCUUCAAGUGUGUCGACAUCCUCUGCAACUGGUGCUUAUUAUGAAAAAUGGUUGAUUCCUGGUGUUUGAGCAUGUCUGUCUAUCUAUGUAACCACCUGUCAGUAUUAUGUAAUAUUAUCGAUCAUAUACAUGAUAAUAGGACAAACGUCGUCGUCAUCAUCGUCAUCAUCAUCACUUUAUUUCCACUUAGCAACUAGUCACAUCCAUCCGUUUGCUUGAUUUUUGACUUGUUCAGAAAACUGAUUCUUUCAUUUUUCUUGUUUAAAACUUUUUAAUUUCUCAUCCAGUUUGUUCUUACAAUCACCCACCCACCCACGCACGCACUCACCCACACACACACACACACACACACACAUGCAUACAUACCGCCAAAAAUGCACAAACCAUCGUCUAGUAUUAACUUCUAGUGUUUAUCCUGUGGAAUUUAUGAUGUUAUGUGCCGUUAUUUUCAUAUUUGUGUUCCUGUUUUGGGGAUGAGGAGACUUCACGUCUGCAGACGAAACCAACUUGUUCUUGUUUCACACCCUCCUUAGUUAGCGCCCACCCUUUUAGCAUCCCGAGAAUAAUGAGUGUUACUCUUCUGUGCGGUUCCACAUCCCUCCCCUUCCUCCUCUACUUCUUCUUCCAGAGUAUUCUGAGUUGAUGUUACAGUGUUGCCUUUUUUUUCUCCUUCAUUCGCUUGUUCCUCGUUUGAUAAGAGAAAAAAUACAAAUGAAAAUAAAUUUUUUAAGAGAAACUUUACAUUUUUUUCUUAUUGGUUGUAUAAUUAAGUUUUAUCUUUUUUAUUUCGGUGGUAUGGUUGUUGAGAGAUAAGUUUUGCAAGCCAUCAUCUGAUUAGCUCAUUAUUAUUAUUAUUAUUAUUAU